CCUCUUUCUACCACCAAACGCAUCUUAUCCAAGAUCCCACUGGCCACUAAAUCGCAUGAAAAUAUCUACACCAUUCCCAACAUUCUCACCUUCUCGCGAUUAGUUGCCGCGCCCGUGGUGGGGUAUCUGCUCGUCCACGACUACCAUGCAGCUGCGUUGUCACUAUUUGCAUAUGCAGGUAUCACGGACCUCGUCGAUGGUUGGAUUGCGCGGAAGUGGCAGCUGCAGACGGUAGUGGGGACGAUUAUUGACCCGAUGGCCGAUAAGCUGCUGAUGACGAUUGGCGUGGCCUGUUUGGCGGUGAACGGGUCACUUCCUGUAUGGCUGGCUGUGAUUAUUCUUGGCCGUGAUGUUGGCCUCGCCAUCUCGGCAAUCUAUUACCGAUGGAUCUCUCUUCCGGAGCCCAAGACCAUGGCCCGAUACUGGGAUUUCUCCCUGCCAUCGGCGGAGGUCAAGCCUACAGAGAUCUCCAAGAUUAACACGGCGUUGCAACUGGUGUUGGUGGGUAGUGCGAUUGCCCUGCCUGUGGUUCCGGAGACAAUCAUUACGGCCUGGCACUUGAGCGAGGCUAUGACUGGAUUCCAGUGA